AGGUUUAGCAACCAAAAAACUUACACUACCUACUUCCAGUUCUUGAAACUAGAUGAUGAAACUCUGUUAGAACAAGAGAGAAUUGGAUUGAAACCCUAUGGCGCAAAUUGUAAGCAUAAGCCACCCGAAUUUAUCCAAAACCCUAGCAAUCGGAUCACGUGUCGAUGCUCAAUCAAUCAAUUUCAAUCGCCGUCAACAGAUAAGCCAUAGCUGGAGUUCCCUACAACGUGACCUAAAAUCCAACGGCAAAGUUUACUGCCUGUUUUCGGAUAACCGUAGCAAGGAUCAAGCCAAAAAAGCCCUAGAAAGCGCACUUGGUGGCAAGAAAAUCGAGUUUGAGAAAUGGGACAAGGAAAUCAAGAAGAGAGAGGAAGCGGGUGGAGGCGGUGGUGGUGGCGGAGGGUGGUGGCGGAGAUGGUUUGGUGGCUCAGACGGUGAGCAUUUCUGGCAUGAAGCACAACAAGUCGGUCUUACCCUCUUAGCACUUGUUGUUGCGUUUCUGAUACUUGCGAAAGGUGAUGUCCUGUUUGCGGUUCUCCUCAAUCCAUUGUUGUUCACUUUACGAGGCCCGAGAAAUGGAUUUCGUUACAUAGUGUCAAAAAUUCGUAGACAGGUAUCUCCAUCCGCUUCUACCUCCAAUAACGUACCUAAACAAGAAUCAUACGCUCGCACUUCUGCCAAAGAAUCAGUUGCUAGCAAAUGGGCUAGCUAGUGAUUCAUAGCUUUCGGGUUUAUUGUUUACGAUUGAAGUUUUGUAUCAUCUAUAAGAGGUAGUUUUGUUUCUGCAGAAUAUGGUUAAAGUCAUGAAUUUGUUUUAUGGAAAAUAUUCAAGUGGCGAUUAAUGUUUGCUUCUUACAAUCA